AUGACUUUGGUUGUUGUAGGUUUAGCAUUAGGAUUAGGUUUAGGUAUUGGAUUAAAUAAUGAUAGUAAAAAUUUAACUUUAAUCAUCUCGAAUAGUUUGACAUUAACGACAAUAAGAGCUUCGACAAACAUGACAACGACGAAUAGGACAGCAGCAACUACAGCAAGUUUAACAACAACAACGUCUACGACAACAACAACAACAACAACAUCUACAACGAUAACUCUGACAACAACAACAUUAUCCAUGACAAUAACAAUAACGACAACAAUAACAACGAUAACAGCAACAAUAAUGUAG